AUGCCUCCAUCAGUCAAAUACCCUCAACGGAAGAACAUUGAUUCGUUGUUCGUAUCUCAAACAAAAGGAAGAAGGAACGAAGAAAUUAGGGUCCGUUUCCAUUAUGGCCAUCCUGAUAUAUUUGACAGGAUAUUCCACAUAACACGGGGCGGCAUAAGCAAAGCUUCAAGAACAAUCAACUUGAGUGAAGAUAAUUUUUCUGGAUUUAAUUCAACUCUUCGGGAGGGUUCUAUAACACAUCAUGAGUAUAUCCAAGUGGGAAAAGGUCGAGAUGUAGGCAUGAACCAGAUAUCCCUUUUUGAGGCCAAGGUUGCAAUUGGAAAUGGUGAGCAGACACUUAGUCGUGACGUUUAUCGGCUCGGGCAGCGAUUUGACUUCUACAGAAUGCUGUCAUUCUAUUUUACAACUGUUGGUUUCUACUUCAGCAGUAUGGUUACCGUGUUUGCAGUGUAUGUUUUCUUGUAUGGACGGUUGUACAUGGUUAUGAGUGGGUUGGAAAUGGAGAUUCUUCAAAAUCCUAGCAUACGUCAGACAAAGGCCCUUGAAGAGGCCUUGGCCAGCCAGUCUGUCUUUCAGUUAGUGUUAGUACUGAUGCUGCCCAUGUUCAUGGAAACUGGCCUGGAAAAAGGGUUUCAGACUGCCCUCGGUGAUUUUGUCAUUAUGCAGCUGCAGCUAGCCUCCGUGUUUUUCACAUUUCAACUUGGAACAAAGGCUCAUUUUUAUGGUAGAACAAUCCUACAUGGAGGAUCCAGAUAUCGAGCAACGGGUCGCGGGUUUGUUGUUUUUCAUGCAAAAUUCAGUGACAAUUACAGGCUUUAUUCACGAAGUCACUUUGUGAAAGGGCUGGAGCUGUUUAUUCUGUUGAUUGUCUAUGAAGUUUAUAGGGAGUCGUACCGCAAUUCAAAUCUCUACUUGUCCAUCGCUUUCUCCUUGUGGUUUUUGGUUGGUUCAUGGUUGUUUGCACCAUUCAUAUUCAAUCCGUCUGGUUUUGACUGGCAAAAGACUGUAGAUGAUUGGGCAGACUGGAAGAGGUGGAUGGGUAAUCGUGGUGGAAUUGGUAUUCAACCUGAUAAAAGUUGGGAAUUUUGGUGGGAGGAAGAACAGGAACGCCUGAAGAAUACAAACAUAAGGGGAAGAAUCCUCGAGAUAAUACUUGCAUUUCGCUUCUUUAUUUACCAGUAUGGAAUUGUGUACCAUCUUCAUAUAGUUCACCACAGCAAGAAAAUACUGAUUUAUGGACUUUCUUGGGCCGUGUUGCUAACCACUCUGCUAGUUUUAAAGAUGGUAUCCCUGGGAAGACGGAGAUUCAGUGCAGACUUCCCACUCAUGUUUAGGAUCCUGAAAGCACUUCUUUUCCUUGGAUUCGUGUCGGUUAUGACAAUCUUAUUAGUCGUGCAUAGAAUCGUUGUAUCUGAUAUAUUUGCUGCUGUCCUUGCGUUUUUACCUACCUGCUGGGCUCUCAUUCUGAUUGGGCAAGCAUGCAGGCCGUUGCUUAAAGGGUUGGGACUCUGGGAUUCGUUGAAGGAGCUGGCGAGGGCGUACGAAUACACAAUGGGAUUGUUGCUGUUCAUGCCGAUCGCGGUUCUGUCGUGGUUUUCUUUCGUUUCGGAGUUCCAUAACCGCCUCCUCUUCAACCAAUCAUUCAGCGGAGGCCUUCAGAUUUUGAUGGUUUUGGCCGGAAGGAAAGAGAAGACAGCAUAAGGCCCCCUUAUUAGGAUGGGAGCUCUGAUAGCUCACGUCCCUCGCUACUGUCCUUCAGAUGUGAUUUUCCCUGUCCUUGGUGCUGCAUGAACUUGCACAAG